AUUGUCCAAUGGUGAUGGGGGAGUUGACCUAAUGGGGAACUUUGCAGGAUAUCUCCUGUUAAUUCAGUGCAAAAACUAUGGUUCAGACACGAAAGUGACAGUUGAUGAUGUACGUGAAUUUAGUGGAAUAAUGGCGAAAUACCCAGAAAAGUCGAUUGGAAUUUUUGUGACCCCUUCUAAUAAUUAUACUCGGAGGGCAAUCGAGGAAGCACAAAAUUCUCAAUUUAAGAUUAUUUUGACAGAUACAUUAAAUAUUUAUCAUGACAUUAGGAAUAAUAUAGAUGAUGAUUUCACAGAUGACAAUUAUAUUCGAUUUCAUAUUGGCCUUCAUCAAACAUGCUUUGCAUUGUUUUUGAUGUCAAACCCUUCAGAUUCCUUAUCAACUUCUUCAUUAGCGUUGAUUAACUCCAGAAUCAUAGAACCAAGUUAA